UGGAGACAGGUUAGCUAACGGUGAGCCUCGUACAUCUGUGAGUAUAUUAUAAUUAUGACAUUAUGCGCGUGUGUUAGCCAAACGUAAGCCAUUAGCAAUGCUAACGCUGAAUUGUGUCAUUCCGAAUGGAAACGGAACGAACUUAAACUUUAGCUAGUUGACUUUAACAAUACUUUGUCUCAAACGACGUCUCGGCAUUUUUAAACCGACAAUGGCAAGUUUGGGGUGAUGAGUCUCUAUGAGGAGAAAAGUAACGGCUGACAUUAGAGGACAGUGGACUCUUGGACAGGUAUGUCACUUCGGCUACUUUCGUGGUUGCUGCUGCUCGUGUGUCUGGAUGUGUUCAGACAUGAAGUCCCGGGGGCUCAGGCACACUCGGUACCCAGUGCUGCCAAAACUUUAGUUUGGGGACCAGGACUGGAGGCAAACAUCGUCCUUCCAGCUCGAUUCUUCUACAUACAGGCGGUGGACAGCUCUGGGAAAAAUUUAACAACAUCACCUGGUGAGAAGACAUUUGAUGUGAAGAUUGUGUCUCCAGUGGAGCACUUCACCAGGAUUUGGAUCCAAGUCCUGGAUCGUCAGGAUGGCUCCUUCCUGGUUCGCUACAGAAUGUAUGCCACCUACACGGACCUUCACAUCCACAUCCUGAUCAAGAACAAGCAUGUCGCAAAGUCACCAUUCAUUCUCAAAGGUCCAGUCUACCAUGAGGGUUGUGACUGUCCUCAGCCCAGUGGAUCUGUGUGGGAGGCCCACAUGCACUGUCCUCCAUCCUUCCCUCAGAUAGACAGAGACCUGGCCCUCUACGCCAGUGUUGACCCAGAUCGUAACGCGCAGGAGAUCCCACAGCGCUUUGGACAGAGACAAAGCCUCUGCCACUACACUAUUAAAGAUAAUAAGGUCUAUGUCAAAACUUUUGGAGAGCAUGUUGGUUUCAGAAUCUUUAUGGAUGCCAUCCUCCUGUCACUCACCAGAAAGGUGAAGCUCCCCGAUAUGGAGUUCUUCGUUAACCUUGGUGACUGGCCAUUGGAGAAGAGGAAACCCACUGAGAAGAUUCAUCCUAUCUUUUCCUGGUGUGGAUCUAACAAUACCAGAGACAUUGUCAUGCCCACCUAUGACCUGACUGAGUCUGUCCUCGAGACCAUGGGAAGAGUCAGUCUGGACAUGAUGUCAGUGCAGGCUAACACAGGGCCACCAUGGCCAGAGAAGAAUGCCACAGCUUUCUGGAGAGGCCGGGACAGCCGUCAGGAACGCCUGGAGCUGGUCAAGCUUUCAAGGGCUCACCCCACCAUGAUAGAUGCUGCCUUUACCAACUUCUUCUUCUUCAAACACGAUGAGAGCCUCUAUGGGCCGCUGGUCAAACACGUGUCUUUCUUUGACUUUUUCAAGUACAAGUACCAGAUAAACAUUGAUGGCACUGUGGCUGCGUAUCGACUGCCUUACCUGUUAGCAGGAGACAGUGUGGUCCUAAAGCAGGAUUCUGGUUACUAUGAGCAUUUCUACAACGAGCUUCGGCCGUGGGAGCACUACAUUCCAAUCAGGGCGGACCUCGGAGACCUGCUGGAAAAGAUCCAGUGGGCUCGUGACAAUGAUGAAGAGGCAAAGAAAAUUGCACUGGCGGGUCAGCAGUUUGCCCGCAACCAUCUUAUGGGAAACAGUAUAUUUUGUUACUACUAUAAACUUUUUCAGGAGUACGCCAAACUCCAGGUCACAGAGCCCAAGAUUCGUACAGGCAUGGCGCUUGUGGAGCAGCCCAUUGAUGACCUGUUUCCAUGUUCCUGCCACAGGACGAGGGUAAAGGAUGAACUUUGAUUGACCUGUCAUCCAGUUACAGAGCAAUCCUUCAUAUCUGAUAUUCUGCCAAAAACAAAAUGUUUCAGAGUGUUCAAUGAUUGUAUGACUAUUACAUGAAUAUCACAUCUCAUGUUUUAAAAUAAAUAUUUUUCUUUUUGUA